UUUUUUUUUUUAUACAUUUUUUUUUUUUUUCUUAAGAAAAACUGGAUUUAUAAAAUCAACUUCAAUAAUGAAUAACUCAUCUAGAUGUAUUUUUAAUCAUGUGCGUACGUAUGCAACAAAGAGUAAAACACCCAAUUUAAAAAUGAAACCUUCUGUACCUAUUCAAGAAACCAAGCUACCAGACGGCAUCACAUUCAUUACACGUUUACCAGUUGUGGAACCCAGUGUUCAAUCUGAAGUAGCUCCAUUGAUUCAUAAAAGUGGAGAACCAAAAAAAAUAUUAACAGAUGCAGAAAUAAAUGAAAUGCGUCAAUUAAGGGACUCUGAUCCUGAAACUUGGACUCGAUCUAAAUUAGCCAAAAAAUUUGGUUGUUCCAAUUUAUUUGUCAGUAUCGCUGCACCCUUAAAAGAGAAUAAGGUGACGAAUGAGGUAAUAGCAAAUGAAAGGGAUGGACAUAAACGUAAAUUGAUUGCUCAAGAAAGACAAAAGAGGAGAGCACUUUGGUAGAUUUAAUAUUUGUAAAUGUAUUAUUCAUAGUUAUUUCCUGCAUAAAAAAAUGAAACUGAUUGAAUAAAGUAUGAAUAUGUGACUUUAAUUGAGGAUCUCGUGACGAAUAAUAAUAAUAAUAAUAAUACUUGCAAAAUAAAUACAUAUCAGCUUUAUAUGUGUG